AUGGCUGAAAUGAAAUCAACGGUUGAGAAUCGAAUUCAGACCGAUCCACUUGUCAUAUCGGACUCGUUCGAAGGAUAUUCACUAACUUAUUUCAACUUACCGUUGCAUUAUCGCGAUGAUUUACAGUCUGUUCUCAUUCCGUAUGGGUUUGUUCAAGAUCGUAUUGAAGCGUUAGCUAAUCAAAUAUUCGCCGAUUGGCAUAUUAAUCUUCCAGAACAAUUGAUUUGUCUAUGUGUAUUAAAAGGCGGUUAUCGUUUUUUUUCAGAUUUAAUUUCCAAAAUUCAACUAAACAAUCGUCUUCAUAAUUGUCGCAGUUUACCAAUGAGUCUAGAAUUCAUUCGUACACGAAAUCAGCCGAAUGAUCAACUUGAAAUUAUUGGUUUAAGCGAUUUACAUCGUUUGAAAAAUCGAAAUAUUCUGAUUAUCCAAGACAUUAUCGAUACGGGUAGCCGCGUGGAUAUAUUGAAACAGAAAUUAGAACACUUCCAACCGAAAUCUAUGCAUGUAGUGUCUUUAUUUAUGAAAAGGCAGUCUGAUAAAGCUUGUAUUUUCAAACCAGAUUAUUGUGGUUUUGAAAUACCUGAUCAUUUCGUUGUUGGUUAUGCAUUAGAUCAUAAUGAAUAUUUUCGUGAUUUGGAACAUGUUUGUAUUUUGAAGGAAUCAGUCAUGUCAAAAUAUAAAAUCAUCGAUAAACGUUUUACCGAAUGA